AUGACUAGCUGUCGGGCUUCGGCCGCCUUGAUCCCUGAUGGUGUCAAGUCAAUGUAUACGAGUCACGUAAAAAAGAAGACUCGUCCCUCCGAAAGUUCAAUCACCUGCGAGUUGAAAUCUAUUAUUGCUACAAGCACAAGAGUUUUCUUCAUUAUUGAUGCAUUUGAUGAACGCUCAGUUUCCGACGGCCUCGUCAGUGUUCGUCAACCAUUCCUUCACCAGCUUGUCAGUCUCAGUGUCCAAACAGGCAUUAGUAUACUGGCAAUUUCUCGACCCAACACUGAAAUUGCAGCUUACCUUCAGACUUACGUUUCUGUUGAGAUUAAACCCAGGCGCGAAGACAUCCAAUCUUACUUGGACUCACGUAUAGUUGAACUUCCGGAUUUUGUGCAGCAAAGGCCGAAUCUGAAGCAGUGCAUCAAAAGCUGCUCGUUUCUUCUCGUUCGACUCUACUUCAAUUUACUCCUCGAUCAGGGGAACGAGAAGAGGGUUCGAAAUAUGAUAACUAAAUUUAACUCUGGAUCUCAGUACAACGUUUACGAGCAUGCUUAUAGCGAAAUCGUCAAGAGGAUUGAGCAUCAAAGUGCAGAUGUCGUAGAGCUUGCGAAGAGAACUAUAGGAUGGAUCGCGAACGCAAAAGGCCCUCUCACUGUGGCUCAGCUUAAACAUGCGCUUGCGAUUGAGAUCAGUUCUCACGACUCAUACUGUGGUGGCUUGGUCUUCGUCUAUGAGCUAACGGGUACCGUGAGACUUGUCCACUACACCACGCAGAAAUACUUUGAGAACAUAUGGGAAGCCUGUUUCCCAAAAUUUCAUGAAAUAAUCACUGAUAGCUGUCUGACAUAUCUUUCAUAUGAUGCAUUUGAGGAGAAUCGUCUUCAGUCCAAGGUCGAGCUUCAGGGAAUCCAGUCUGGAUAUCCUUUUUUCGCCUACUUUGAAUCUUCAGAUGUAUCGGGCAGGACUUCAUUGCAUUCGGCUGCUCACUAUGGCCACGCGACUGUGGCCAAACUGCUCCUGAAUAGCAGCGCCAAUAUUGAAACCUCAGGGAGAGACGGCCAACUCCAUUACACUAUGGUCAAACUGCUUCUGGAAAACGGUGCCAAUAUUGAAUCUUCCGAUGAACGCGGCAUGACCCCGUUAAAACUGGCUGCACGCCAUGGUCAUGAGAUUGUUGAGGUUGGGUCUGCAAUUCACAGGUCCGCCGUUUACAUGAUCUAUCUCAUCGGCAAGUCGCAUUCUGACCUCAGGAGCAAGGCCUAA